AGGCUGAUGCGCUGCUGCCCGAGCAGUGGAUCGAGACGUGGCUCCCAGAGCGGAAGAACCAUGUUGGACUUCGCGAUCUUCGCCGUUACCUUCUUGCUGGCGUUGGUGGGAGCGGUACUCUAUCUCUACCCGGCUUCUAGACAAGCUGCGGGGAUUCCGGGGAUUACACCAACUGAAGAAAAAGAUGGUAAUCUUCCAGAUAUUGUCAGCAGUGGAAGCUUGCACGAGUUCCUGGUUAAUUUGCAUGAGAGAUAUGGGCCUGUGGCCUCUUUCUGGUUUGGCAGACACCUUGUGGUUAGUUUGGGCACUGUUGAUGUACUGAAGCAGCAUAUCAACCCCAAUAAGACAUCGGACCCUUUUGAAACUAUGUUAAAGUCGUUAUUGAGGUAUCAAUCUGAUGGUGGGAGUGCAAGUGAAAACCACAAAAGGAAAAAAUUAUAUGAAAAUGGUGUGACUAAUUCUCUGCAGAGUAAUUUUGCUGUCUUGCUAAAGCUUUCAGAAGAAUUGUUAGAUAAAUGGCUCUCCUUUCCAGAGUCCCAGCAUGUUCCCCUCUGCCAGCAUAUGCUUGGUUUUGCUAUGAAGUCUGUUACGCAGAUGGUAAUGGGUAGUACCUUUGAAGAUGACCAGGAAGUCAUUCACUUCCAGAAGAAUCAUGGCACGGUUUGGUCUGAGAUUGGAAAAGGCUUUCUAGAUGGGUCACUUGAUAAAAGUACAACUCGGAAAAAACAAUACGAAGAUGCCCUUACGCAACUGGAAUUGAUUUUAAAGAAAAUCAUAAAAGAACGGAAAGGAACAAACUCUAGUCAACAUGUUUUCGUUGACUCCUUAGUACAAGGGAACCUUAAUGACCAGCAGAUCCUGGAAGACAGUAUGAUAUUUUCUCUGGCCGGUUGCAUAAUCACUGCAAAUUUAUGCACCUGGGCAAUCUGUUUUUUAACCACCUCUGAAGAAGUUCAGAAAAAAUUAUAUGAAGAGAUAGACGAAGUUUUUGGGAAGAGCUGCAUUACUCCAGCGAAAAUUGAGCAGCUCAGUUACUGUCGUCAGGUGCUUUGUGAAACUGUUCGAACUGCCAAACUGACACCAAUUUCUGCCCGGCUUCAAGAUGUUGAAGGGAAAAUUGACCAAUUUAUUAUUCCUAGAGAGACCCUUGUCCUUUAUGCCCUUGGUGUGGUACUCCAGGAUCCCAGUACUUGGCCAUCACCGCACAAGUUUGAUCCAGACCGGUUUGAUGAUGAAUCAGUAAUGAAAACGUUCUCCUUGCUUGGAUUCUCAGGCACGCAGGAAUGCCCAGAAUUGAGGUUUGCAUAUAUGGUGACCACAGUACUUCUGAGUGUAUUGUUGAGGAGACUGCGUCUACAUUCUGUGGAGGGACAGGUUAUUGAAACAAAAUAUGAACUGGUAACAACGUCAAGGGAAGAAGCUUGGAUCACCAUCUCAAAGAGAUACUAAACUCUUAAUGCAUUUAAUUAACCUUGUUAAAUGGACUGAGGAAACUAACCAUUUAGAAGAUCUUAUGGUGAAUCCUUUUAUAAAUCAAGUAUUUUGCAGUAUAAACAACUAUUAGUAUUUUAUUAUGUAAAUUUGUAUUUUUAUGUAUCCGAUUUUCUUAAAGUAGGAUGUACAUUUAUACUUGUUGCACCAAUAUAUUGAUAAUUUUAAUGGGGUGCUGUAGCUUUCUGCUCUUCAAUUUUGUUUUUUUCACUUUUUAUGCAUUAGUUUUGUAUUAUUUUUCUUAGUUUGAUCUUUAAAAUUAAUACUCUUGAAAAAAAUUAUUUUAUAAAUGUUUUGGAAUCAUGUCUUAUGAAUAUUCAUAAAAUAGAGACAUAGUCUUAAAUCCUUUUCAUACUUUCAAUAAAUCAACUUAAAGGGAAAGAAAAAAAGACUUCCCAUAAUUUUUAUUUAUUGGGUUAAUGCUUUUAUUUUCUGGUUAUAAAUUAUUUUGUGUUAUAAUCAUUUAUAUUCAGCUUGAAUACUUUAUUGAGAAUUUUACCUUGUAUAUUUGCUUUUUUUUUUGCCUCUCCAGAGAGCAGUGUUUUUUCUUCAUUUCAUCACUUACACUGUUCAUUUUGUAUAGUUCUGAAUCACUUGGAUAAUAAUGUUUGUUUCUGAAUGUUUAGAAGUGCCACUCCUAAGUGACAAGCCAGGAUUCAUGCUUGUUCUUCCAUUUGGCUGGAAGCUUUAGCAGCACUCUAUUACUCAACUAAUUCUCAUUUGUAGGAAAAGGGAAUUCCUAAAUUUGUUAUUUAUUCUUAUGUCAUAUGUUAAAUAUAAUUAACCUGUGAUUAAGAAAUGAAGGAGCACUCACCAAAAACAAAAAUCUCAAAAAUAAAUAAGGAAAAAAAAAAAAACUGAGAUAGUUGAAAAUAUUUGCAAAAA